AUGAGGCCACCGGCUAGAGGCGGGCGCGGCGGGAGGGGAGGCAGGUUCGAUGGCGGCGGCCGUGGGGGCGGCGGUGGCCGGGGGUUUGGCGGUGGUAGAGGCAGGUUCGAUGGCGGCGGCCGUGGGGGUGGCGGUGGCCGGGGGUUUGGCGGUGGUAGAGGCGGUGGCGGUGGCAGGGGCGGCCGCGGUGGUGGCAUGAAAGGUGGGAGUAAGGCCGUCGUGGUGCCGCACAAGCACGCCGGUGUCUUCAUCUCCAAGUCCAAGGAGGAUGCGCUCUGCACCAAGAACAUGGUCCCGGGAGAGUCUGUCUACGCAGAGAAGCGUGUCUCUGUUCAGAAUGACGAUGGAACAAAGGUUGAAUACAGGCUUUGGAACCCCUUCCGUUCCAAGUUGGCUGCUGCUGUGCUUGGUGGCAUUGACAACAUCUGGAUUGCUCCUGGUACUCGGGUGCUGUAUCUUGGUGCUGCUUCUGGCACAACUGUUUCGCAUGUGUCUGAUAUUGUAGGACCGGAUGGACUGGUCUAUGCUGUUGAGUUCUCUCACAGGAGUGGAAGAGACCUUGUCAACAUGGCAAAGAAGAGGACCAAUGUGAUCCCCAUUAUCGAGGAUGCCAGGCACCCGGCAAGGUACCGGAUGCUGGUUGGCAUGGUUGAUGUUAUCUUCUCCGAUGUUGCACAGCCAGACCAGGCUAGGAUCUUAGCCCUUAAUGCUUCAUACUUUUUGAAGAAUGGUGGCCACUUUGUCAUUUCAAUUAAGGCGAAUUGUAUUGACUCCACCCUGCCCGCUGAGGCCGUGUUUGCUGCUGAAGUGGAGAAGCUCAAGGCGGAUCAGUUCAAGCCUGCCGAGCAGGUGACCUUGGAGCCCUACGAGCGUGACCAUGCCUGUGUUGUGGGUGGCUACAGGAUGCCCAAGAAGCAGAAGGCUACCUCUUAG